UAUUAUGGUGAUAAAUAUCGUGUGUUAAACUAGCAAAAACUAAAUUCUCAAUGAUAUUGCGACUUCAGCGUCACUGAUCCUUUUUUGGAUUUUUUAUAUUAAUUGUAGAAAAGAAAAAACCCCCGGUUCAAUAAUUUAUGAUCAAGGCAAUAAACAGUUGCCCAGUAUUACGUCAAUUCAGGAAAAGAUGGCGCAUUGGUUCCACAGAAAUCCAUUGAAAUCAGCGUCGCCAGUCUCGUUUGAUGCGCUGAAACUGAUAACAACUAACAAAUCAACCCAGAAGAUAUGCGGGGAUUUGAAAACAACCCGUGCAAGAUUUUUAACUGCCCUGACUGAUCCUGGAAACAGCAUAGCAACAAUUGAAGCAGCAGCAAACCAGUACAUCUCCCUUUUACAAGGCCUUUGUUGUGAUGUUGGUGGUCAAGGUGAAAGCCAGCUGAAAAAUUGUGUCAAUUUCAAAUGGACAAAUAGCAUAGGUGGAAAUGAAAUAUGUGAAAUGCCUGAUGGACAUUUUGAAUUGGUAUCCAUUCUUUGUGAGAUGGGAUUAUGGUUCAUGAAACAUGCUUCAAAAAUGGCAGCAAAUGACAGUGUUACUGAUGAUGAAGCAAAAGAAAUUCACAGAAGUCUGCGUACUGCUGCAGGAAUUUUUCAACAAGUUAAGGACAUUAGUGCAAGCCGCUUAGGUGCAGGCUCUUUGCCGAAGCAUGCUGACACAGAUCCCAGAAUUCUUGAUGCCUAUAUUUUACAGUGCCUCGGAGAAGCUCAAGAAGUGACAGUUGCAAGAAGCGUGGAAUUGAAGCAUAAACCAACAAUCACAUCUGCUGUGGCAAACGAAACUUCAAAACUGUUUGACAAAGCUGGUGCCAACUUAAAAACAAUUGACCAAGGAAAAGUUGCUAAAUGGAGAAAAUAUUUACAGUUGAAAAAAGACAUAUACCUAGCCUAUGCUCAUGCAUUUGUUGGUGAAUCAGAGCUGAAUGAAGAUCAGUGUGGCAAGGCAAUUAGAUCACUAAAGGAGGGCGAGAAAUAUUACCAGUCGGCAGCAAGACUGUGCAAAGAGUAUGCUUCAACAAGGGGGCCUGGGACAACAGCGAAGCCUGGAGAGCAUCUGUUCUUCAAGAGACUUGGCCCAAUCAUAUCAAAGCGCUUGGAUAAAGCAACACAUGAAAAUGGAUUCAUAUAUCAUCAGAAAGUUCCAGCAGAGCCAACGGAGCUCGAAUCAACCCCACAGUAUGGAGUAGCCAGCCCGGUUGAGUUCCCCAUUCCAGCUCCUGCUCCUGUUUGGACAGCUGACUUUUUGGCUGGAUUUCAAGUUUCAAAAUCACAACCAAAGGCACAUGGAACAGAUGCAGAGGUGGAGCAAAUUAAAGAGCCAGAAAUAAACCCCAAAUCAUCAGGAAACAAGUCUGAAACAGGUUGCAUAGUGUCAUAAGACUGAGGAUCCAUAACUGAAACCUUGGGAAUCGAUACAUAUUUCCUAGGAAAUUAAAUAUUGCAAUCUAAACAUAAAAUAGAAGAUAUUUGACUUCUUUUCUCUUGGAAGAGGGGUUGAUAUAAAUAUUAUGAAGCAAGUUUCUUUAUUGUGCACAUGUUAAAAAUUUCCAUGAAACAUUGUGAGUUGUUCAAAAAAUUGUAUAAUUAGAAAUACGUUCAUUGGUGUUUAUGAUCUUUUUACAUUAUGAAUAAUAAGUCAUUUGCAAUUUUAGUUUCUGUUAGAAACAAGGAGAGAUAACAUCCAUCUUGAUUUGAAAGCAAAUUGUUAUCCAGAUAAAACAAAGUCAAAGCUGAAAACAGCUGUCUGUAGUGAUAUAAGAAAUAUUAAAUAUUUACAAUAACAAUCAAGCAUGUAGAAUCAGUUAUAACUACCAAUGAAUUUUUGCAUUUACAAUUAAAUCAGAGUUCUUGUGUAAAUUUUUUAUUUGAUAGCAAACAUUGUUUGUAAAUGCUUGUAUACUCAUGAAGCAAAAAGACCAAAAGUGUUGUUGUAUGUGCAUUUUCAGUGUAGAUUUUAACACUUUAUUCUACUUUAAAGAGAGUAAUAUCAUGUAUUCUUUCACAAACAUUCUUUUUAUUAGUUUCAAUGGCAUGAUAAUAUUGCUCUUGCU